GGGGACGUUGCCUGUCCAUUGUUGGACCGGUCCGGUCUUUGAUCCACUGCGUCGAGAGUGCGCUGCCCGGCGAGCCGGUCCGACCGUUCCUUGCCCCCGAGACGGCGCGAUGCUGCUCCCUGAGCUCUCUUCCUCUCUCCUCCGCCGUCGCGGCUCCAAAACCCUCCUCUCCUUCCUCCACCACCGCCGCCUCGGAUACCUCCUCUACUUCUCAUCCUCCUCCGCCACCACCGCCGCUGCCGCCCCGGCCGCCGUGAAGAACUCAUAUCUCGAACCCCAGUUCAUGGUGGAGUACCUCAUCACGUCCUCUGGCCUCUCCCCGUCCGAGGCUGCCAAGGCCUCCAAGCACCUCCGCCGCAUCAAAUCCCCUCAACAGCCGGACUCUGUCCUUGGUUUCUUCAAAAGCCACGGUUUUGACGACGCCGACAUUAAAAAGAUCGUAUCUUGUCAACCCAGAUGUCUCGGCUUCGACGUCGAGAAGUCCCUGGCCCCAAAGUUCCGAGCUGUACGAGAUCUCGGAUUCUCCCAGUCCGAUCUCCUCAACCUCUUCCUCUCCCAGUCUCCCGUCCUCAACUUCAGGUUACACCGCACCCUCCUUCCUAGGAUCGAGCUUUGGAGGAAUCUUUUCGGCUCCAUGGAGAUCCUGAAGAAAUUUAUCAAGAGGAAGCAACGGUUUCUCAGUUACAGCAUCGAGAAGAGGAUCCUUCCUAACCUCUCACUCCUGCGGGACUGCGGUAUUCCAGACCAGAAAAUCUCUUUGAUUGUGAAGCGGCAGCCAACACUCAUUGUCCGGAGGCCAGAUUCACUCCGGCAUUUUAGUCGGUCGCGUUGAGGGGCUGGGAAUACCACCCCAUUCGGGGAUGUUCGUCUGGGUCCUUCAAACACUCCACACAUUUAGCAAAGCUAGAUUCGCGGCCAAGAUGGAGCUCAUGAGGAGCUUUGAGUGGUCCGAGUCAGAGCUCCUGACGGCAUUCCUUAAGGCCCCUGGCAUCUUGGGUCUAUCCAAGAAGGUGAUGCAGAGAAAGAUGGAAUUUUUGGUGAAGGAAGCUGGGUGCACGCCCUCCUAUGUCGCUCGCUUCCCAGUGCUUCUGAUGUAUAGCUUGGAUAAGGGGUUGAGGAAUCCUCGAUACCGAGCCAUGGAGAUUUUGAAGUCAAAAGGUUUGCACACUAGGAAAUAUGACCUUUUCAGGAUCAUGUGUUUCUCAGAGAAGAAUUAUUUUGAGAAAUUCAUUCUCUGCUACAAAGAGAAAGUGCCCGAACUGCAUGAAACGUUUACUGCUGGCUGCAAAAAGGCUGCCUCCUAAUUCAGGUUUCUAUGAAAAAGGAGAAUGGCGUGCCUUGUUGCAGGGUGAUAGACAGAAGAUGUGCAUGAAUGGAGCCAAUUCAAGCUCACUUCGUGGCUUCGUGAAGCUAACCAAAUUAUUCAUUUGGUGGUCUGCGCUGUCAGGAAUUUGAUGGAAGCCAUACAGUCUCAUGGAAGUUAAAUGCAGAUAUUUCACAUUCAGUUUGAUAGAGAAGUUGGCUCAUAUGGAAAAAACCAACAGUUGCUUCUAAAGAUAACAAUGUUUAACAGUAAUUACUGUUCUCCAAGCUCAUUGAUGCUUUGGUUUCCAAAUGCUUCAGAACUUUUCUUGAGUGUUAAUGACCCAAAUUGGUGUGUAUUUCUUUCUCAGAAAAAAUAGUUGCUAUAUCUGGAAAUAGUUUUAUACCAUCAUCUUAUGGUGAUCUGCAUCAUUGUGCUGUCUCUUCUGAAUUUUUGUCGAAGUCAUGCAGCACUGAGAUGUCGCAUCUAUGUGUUGCAAAUAUUUGUUGAUUUAAAAAUUGAAUCUUGGGCUGGUAAUUGUGAUUUUGAGAUGUGCCUAAUU